AUGGGUAUCGACUUGGACCGUCACCAUGUGCGAAGCACCCACCGCAAGGCUCCCAAGAGCGAGAACGUCUACUUGCAGGUCUUGGUGAAGCUGUACCGCUUCCUGGCUCGCCGCACCGAGUCCAACUUCAACAAGACUGUUCUGCGCCGUCUCUUCAUGUCGCGAAUCAAUCGCCCCCCGGUUUCUCUUUCGCGCAUCGCCUCGAACGUCAGCGAGCCGCACAAGGGCAAGACGGUUGUUGUGAUCGGUACUGUGACGGAUGACAACCGGCUCUUGACCAUCCCGAAGCUGUCGGUUGCUGCUCUUCGGUUCACCGCCACCGCCCGGGCUCGCAUUGAGAAGGCCGGUGGUGAGACCCUGACUCUGGACCAGCUUGCUCUGCGCGCCCCGACUGGUGCCAACACCCUGCUCCUGCGUGGUCCCAAGAACGCUCGCGAGGCUGUGAAGCACUUCGGCUUCGGCCCCCACUCCCACAAGAAGCCGUACGUCGGCAGCAAGGGCCGGAAGUUCGAGCGGGCCCGUGGCCGGAGACGGUCUCGUGGCUUCAAGGUCUAA